AUGGCUUCUAAUGCGACUUACAAGGACCGACAACUUCUUGCUGUCAUUGGUGAUGAAGACUCCGUCACUGGGCUCCUUCUCGCUGGUAUCGGUCACGUCACCGAAGGCGCAGAUGCGCAGCGAAACUUCCUAGUCGUCGACAGCAAGACGGAAACAUCCCAGAUCGAACAAGCAUUCCGCAACUUCACAGAGGAGCGCAAGGACAUUGCCAUCCUUUUGAUCAACCAACAUAUUGCAGAGCGAAUUCGUCACAGUGUCGACACCUUCGCCGAUCCUUUCCCUGCAGUCCUUGAGAUCCCCAGCAAGGAUCACCCGUACGACCCCGAGAAGGACAGCGUGCUCAAGCGUGUGCGACGACUCUUUGGCGAGUAG